GGGUAUGUGCAGGGCAAAAUAUGAAGGCGGAAUGCUGUAGUAGAAUACUGGAUACUGGUAGCUACGUCAUGGAAGGAAGAAGAGUAUACUGGGGUAUGUGUAGGGAAGAAUAUGAAGGAGGAAUGCUGCAGUAGAAUACUGGAUACUGGUAGAUACGUCAUGGAAGGAAAAUGUUUCAGUUCAAGAGAUAAACUUCAUUACAAACCAAAAUAUUCAGACAAGAUACUGGGUAUAUCCCUAGGUCUCCUACUAGGAGAAGAUAUAUCUGAUAAACUGAACCCUGCCAUAGCUCCCUUCUGGUCUAUGGCUACCAGGGGUGCAGCUAUAGGACUAAUGGAUAAACGAGAUGAUAUCCCAUCUGUAGCUGCAAGGGAUCUUACCUUACUCUUGCCAGAUACUAUUGCCAGGAUUGCAAUAUCUAAGGAGGUCAAAGACACGAGCAGGAUGUCUGAAAGUUUCAUGCACAGAAUGGAUUGUAUUCCUGUAGACCAAGAAGACAGGAUGCUAGAUGAACAGACAGUUCUUAACGAUUAUCCAGGACUGAAACAUUAUAGUGUUGAAGGAUGUGAGGGCUACUAUAUACAAAAACAAUUGUUUAAAUUGUACAAUUGUACUGUACUGUACUUCCCAGAAAUACCUGGAGCUCAAGUCUGCGGACCAAUGCAGACUGCAGAGUUACUGAAGAUUGCGAGUGAUGCUAACUUUGAUUAUGAGUCUUACAAUAUUACUACUGCGUCUGAAAACGUUUGCCCUGAAACUUGCAGGAAAACCAGAUACUCAUCGAAGAUCUCUUCAAUAAAGAUGACGGAAAGUAUUCAUGAAGUGAUGAGAGGAUAUACUGGGUUGAAAUCUGGGGACUUUGAGGCUGUAAUGGUGUCAAUGUACUACCAAGGGUUUGACUACAGAGAGAUCACUUUUGUCGGAAAGGGUAUGAAAGAGUGGUUGGCGGCUGUUGGAGGAAAUCUGGGAUUAUAUAUUGGAGCUUCAGUAUUCACUAUCCUCGAGUUCUUUAUCCUAAUAGAGGAAGCCAUCCUAGGGAUGAUUUCCAGGAUGUUUAAAGGAAAUGAACGGUCUUAAAUGGACUGUGCAUGUAUUUUAAAGAAACAGUUCAAGUGUAUCCUGUACCACA